AUGGCGAAAACCUCAACCAACCCCGAGGGGACCGACAAGUCUAUUUUCGACUCCUUCCGUGACUCCAUGAAAAAGGAUCGCGCGCAGUUCUUCUUGGAUAUUCCGACCGGGCCAUUCUUUAACUUCAAUCGACCCGGUGUCAAGAAGAGCGAGGGUCAGAUCCGGAGUUGGUGGCAGCAGGGGCUGAACACCAGCUUCAAGGCAGCCAGCCUAUGUAUGAUUCGAUCGCGGACUUUCUGA